AAUGGCUAACCUGCUAAUUGUAUGCUUUUAUGGGCUGAUCCAUGUCUUGCUACUGCUCAGGAGCAACGGCUAGUUUAACAAUGCCAUUGGUUGAGUACAGAGGAUAAUCUUCCCUUGUCCCUGGGUGGCAGCUAGCAAAGAACAGACCAGCGGUCCUUUAGCUCUGUUGAACCAGCUAUGUGUUUGUUGUUCUGAUCAGGGGGAUGGACGCAUGUGCUUCUUUGGUUUUCCAAGCGUUGAAUUAUAAACAACAAGGACCACUACUGUUUGGGUUUGCAACUAUAGUGUUUGAGGCAAGCCAUUCUAAAUACAGACUUGGAAGUGAAACUGCUUUGUGUAGCACAGGACGGAGGCGAUGUGGCAGUAGAUAGCAUGGACUGCAAACAGAGCCAGCGCUUAUCUUCAACUAUCUAACUUUCUAUUGAGGAUUGAACGGGACCCAAUGGAAGCCGAGCGCCACUGGGAUUAGAUUUGCCAGUACCGCAGUAGGUCACGCCAGACAACUUACUUCCAUGUUCUAAUCAGGCCACUGCUAUGUUGAAAUCCCCUCUGGCUCUAAAGGCGACAUCAUGCUGAAGACAGAGGCUUCCGGGGAGAGGACCACCCUGCGGAGUGCCUCGCCCCAUCGCAACGCCUACCGCGCCGAGUUCCAGGCCCUUAAGAAGGCCUUCGACCAGCCCCUCAUUGAUGGAGGCUCCAAGCCCAAGGGCCCCGAGCGGCCCAAGCAGCCCAGGGGCCGCCAGUACGGCGCCCACGUCAGCCGCAUCAAGGACAUGUUCAUGCAGAUGGGCACCGAGCUCCCCGGGGCUAAGACCCGGGACGAGCUCUCUCCCCAGAAGACGGCCCAGCCCGGCAACUCCGUCAACAAGGCCGACGGCUUGGUGCUGAAGCUCCAGCACUCGCUGUCGGCCGAGCGGAUCGGCGCCGUGGGAGCCAAGUUCUCCGAGACCAGGAUGCGGUUCGAGCAGCAGUCCCGCGACCAGUCGCAAUCGCCCGUCUACCCCCACGGGCGGGACAAGAGGGGGUCCCACGAGCACCUGGACGACUGGCGGGGCAGCAGAUCCAACCGAGGCAGUACGGACUCGUUGGACUCCCUGUGCUCCCGGGCGGAGGCGUCCUCGCCCACCGUCAGCCAGCUCAGCGCCGUCUUUGAGAACGCAGACCAACAGUCGGACCGACAGGGCGCGCACCACAGAGGCGUCAGCAGGCGGGCCCUCUACUCCCCGGACGGGAACCACCGGGGCCACGGAGGGGACCUCAGCGAGGACGACUCCCGCCAGUCCCCCGUCCGCGGUUCCCACCGUAACCGGAAAGGGGGCAAGCUCCCCGCGUCCGCGUCCGCCGAGGACCUCCUCUGCCCGAGUCCUCAGGCGGAGCCCGUAACAGGGUCCCCGCAGAGGUCGGACACGCUCGGCCAGGCUGCAGACGGCCCCGGCGACAGGGGGCGAGGCGUGUCGGCCGCACAGACCAACGGAGGUCAGGUCAACGGAUCGUGCGGUGAGGAGGACAAAGAUUCCGGAAGGAAAAACCUGGAGGAAGACAUCCUGUCCAAUUCUUUAGCGAAUGCGCUUGACGCAGAGGACAGCCGAGACUCUGGGGCCCCGGUGAAGGACGGCCAGGACGCUCCCGGAGGAGAGAAGGUUCGAGACAGCGGCAAAGAGCCAGCGGACGGCCGCGACGAGGACUACGCGGGGAACGAGCGUAUCAUUUUUAACGCAGACGGAGACGCCUGCUACCAGGGCUGGGGGGAGAGCUGCACGGACCCGGAGGACGACUUCUACGGAGACGACGACGACGACACCGUCUACGACCCGGGUGCUGAGCUCACGGAGAUCCCCGGUCUGCCGGAAGAAAACCAGGAAGACGUCCCUCCGAAGAGGAAGAUCUGCUUCAGCACGGCUCCUAUGACGGUGUUCAACACCUACGCCAACGAGGACUACGACCGGCGCAACGAGGAGGUGGACCCCGUGGCCUCGUCGGCCGAGUACGAGCUGGAGAAGAGGGUGGAGAAGCUGGAGCUCUUCCCCGUGGAGCUGGAGAAAGACGACGACGGCCUGGGCAUCAGCAUCAUCGGGAUGGGGGUGGGCGCCGACGCGGGGCUGGAGAAGCUGGGCAUCUUCGUGAAGACCGUCAUCGAGGGCGGGGCCGCCGAGCGCGACGGCAGGAUCAAGGUGAACGACCAGAUUGUGGAGGUGGAUGGGACCAGUCUGGUCGGGGUGACCCAGAGCUUCGCAGCCACCGUUCUCAGGAACACGUCGGGAGUGGUCCGCAGGUUUGUGAUUGGUCGAGAGAGGCCGGGCCAGCAGAGCGAGGUGGCGACGUUGAUCCAGCAGACCCUGGACCAGGAGAAGAGGCAGAGGGAGCUGCUGGAGCAGCAGUACGCCCAGUACGACGCAGACGACGACGAGCAGACGGGCGAGUACGCCACGGACGAGGAGGACGGCGGGCCGCCGGGGGGGUCCGGCGGAGACAAGAGCAUCGAGGUGUUCGACCUCCCUGAGAACGAGGACGUCCUCACCCCCUCCGAGGUGGACGCCGGAAAACUCUACCAGAAGUUCAGAGAGCUGCAGAUCAAACACACAGUCACCGAGGCCGAGAUCCAGAAGCUGAAAAACAAGCUGGCGUCGGUGGAGCGGGAGAAGCAGCGCUGGGAGAAGGAGAAGAGCCAGCUGAAGGCCAGCAUCGAGGAGAACAAGGAGAGGAUGAUGAAGCUGGAGGGCUACUGGAUCGAGGCGCAGACCCUCUGCCACACGGUCAACGAGCACCUGAAGGAGGCCCAGGCGCAGUACCAGACCCUGGAGAAGAAGUACAACAAGGCCAAGAAGCUCAUCAAGGACUACCAGCAGAAGGAGGUGGAGCUGGUCCAGAAGGAGGAUGCUGAGAGGAAGAGGCUGGAGGAGGCAGAGGAGGCCCACCUGGCGGAGAUCCAGAGCCUGCAAGUCAGGAUUGCGACGCUGGAGUCGGAGCUGAUGCAGCUGAUGAAGCAGAACGGCAUCCAGGUCAACAACAACAACAGUAACAGCAACAGCAACAACAGCAGUCGCAGUAACAGUAGCGCCGCCGCCGACAGGUCCCGCCCCCAGCAGCAGCCAGGUGGGGCCCCUGCGCAUACGCUGACCGCAGGGUUGGAUUCUCCCAGUAGAAAGCCGACCCACGGCGGUCGGGUGCGAGGCAGCAUCAGCUCUACAGAGGGAGAGGUGUCAGAGAGUACAACAGGAAGUCCCGCCCAUAGCCGGAGCGGUUCGGUGCGCAGCGCGGCGUCCUUCGACGGCGUGGGACUCAGGAAUCCCGGCAGCACUGAGGGUUCGCCGAGACGUUCACUGCUGCCGCAGGGAACCAAUCAGGACGGGUGCCAGUCUCACAUGGUGUCUGGAGCGGCUGGCAGUGGGGAGGAGAGCCCCAACAGACAGGCCCCGGGGCCCGGAGUCUCGCUACGGCAAAGCAGAACCAAGGAUCCCCGGGCAUCGCCGGGAAACAGUUCCACGGAGCCCUCGGUGGAGGACAGUCCAGAGAAACUCACGGCCAAGAACUUUUUAACCUGGCCCCACUUCUUCUCCUAUUCAUAUUAUUUGGGUCCGGCCCUCAGCGCCGACAGCAGCAGCAGCAGCUCGGUGGAGAUCAGCAGCCUGCUGAACGAGGCCAAGAUGUCGGAGCGCUCCCACGCGCCGGCCCUCUCUUCAGACGAGAUCCUAGACGAGGCCCAGUUCCCCAGGCAGCACCAGGGGCCGAACCUCAGCGUGACAGAGUGGACCCCCCAGCAGGUGGCCCGCUGGCUCAUCGGACUCCACCUGGAACUCCAUGUCCCAGAAUUCACUGCCAAAAACGUGGACGGGGAGCGCCUCCUGCAGAUGGAGAGCAACGAGCUGAAGGCCCUGGGCGUCUCGUCGUCCCAGGACCGGGGGCUGCUGAAGAAGAAGAUCAAGGAGCUGAAGGUGCUGCAGGACAAGACCCGGAGGAACCGGGAAAAGCUGGAGAGGCAGCGCGACAAGCUCCGCCAGAGAGAGCAGGAGCAGCAGAGACAGAGCCAGGACGAGCCCUAGGACGAGCCCUAGGCGCCCCGGGGGAGCCCGGCACCUCCCCCUACUGUCGUUCUUAUCACGCUCCCCGCACCCAGUAGCACCUCGAGACCCCUGGACAUCGCCAAGGACCCCCGUGUCCUCAGUGGGGUGUCCUUAAAGAUGCCCGAUGCUGCUCAAAUAUUCCACAUGGCUCAGUG